AUGAGUCACCAUCAUGAGCAGCAGCUGCCGCCGCCGAGCGACGCGCAGGCGUUUUUGGCGUGCUCCGCGUUCGAGUUUGGCGGGGAGUGCGCGCACCGUGGGCCUGGGGGCGUCGGGGGCGGCAUCACCGCCCUAAAAUACCCGGUGAAGGGCCUGCGCAGUCACUCUGCAAGGCCCUUCGAGCGCGCCGUGGUGCGCCUCACGCGGGAGUCUCUGUCGGUCUACCGCCCCACCGACCCCGGGCUCCACGCCGAGCUGCGCUGGCGCAGUGUGCGGGAGCGCCGCCGCCACGUGUCGCGGAGAGGGGACUGGGUGUCGUACGACUUCGCCUUCUUUACGCGCUCCAGCAUUCUUGUCCUCGAGGUCGCGGACGCCGCGGCGGCGUGCGGCAUCGUCGCGGCGCUGCAGCUCCUGCAUGGCCCGGACGCGUCCCUCGCGCCCCGGGCGCGGGAUGCGGAGGCAACGGCGUCCUCGGCACGCGGCCGUUCCCCACCGGCCCUGGCGACGCGUGGGCACGCGCUUCGGCGGGGCGAACAGGGAGGCGAGGCGCUGCGUCGCAUUCGAAUGCGUGAGGAGGAGAUGCGCGAAGCCAUUUUCCACCUGCCGCCCCGCCGGUCGCCCGCGGGAUCGUUGCGGACGGAGGGGUGGCAGCCGACGCGCUCGCCGCCGUCCGGGUCCUCGUCCCCUGCGGCGCGCCCCAAGUCGCAGCUGCUGCCGCGCCACAGUGCUGCAGCUGCGUCGGCGGGGACGGGGCACUCGCCUCCGCCGCGGUCCGUGUCUGGCUCGCUCGCUGGCGCAGCUGCCCGCUGGAGUGGGGCGGAGGCAACCGCCGAGAUGCGAGAACUGCUGCACCUUCUGGAGCAGGAGGAGAAAAGGGCCAACCUCUCGUUGAGGUCCCAGGAGGAGCGCAUCCGUGCCCUCCGCCCCGUAGAGAAGACGCGUGUCCCCCAGCAGGUGACGGCCGCCGGGGGCGCCCCCUCCUCACGCAACGGCCAGCAGCAGCCGCGCGCGCAGUCGCAUGGGGAGGGAGGGACGGAUACGAUGCAGGCGGUGGGCCACGGUGGACACGCAUUACCCGGGCGGCCGCCGCAGGCCUUGCAAGAGACGCAGCCGCUAUCGCAGGCUGACCAGCCCCAGGAACUGUCGCCGCAUCAACAACGGCUCUCUGCGGAAAGCGUGGGGUCGGCUGACCUCAAUCUGAAGUGCGAGGGGCGGUGGGAGGGCGCGGCGGCGAAUGAGGCGAGCCGGAUGGAAUUACGGCGCGAGGCUGGGCAGCACGAGCCACAAGUGUCCAGCGGCGAACCUUCUCUGUCGCGGGCUCUGGCGCGGGAGCAGCGUGACUUGGCACUGCCGCAGGAAAGAGAGGAAGCGGCGUCACCAGAGUCGCAGCCGCUCGUGAGCCCACCCCCCGCUUCAGCAGCAGCGGCAGCAACAAGUGUGGCUGAGGCACCUCAGACGACGAGAGUCGAGGAUGACGGCGCAGCUUACGGCAACUGGGAGGAGCUGCGCCACAAAUCGACCGGGAAGGUAUACUACAGGCACGUUGUCACAAAGGAGGUGAGGUGGGACGCGCCGCCGGAGGUGCUUGAACUGAAGCGGGAAGCGGGGGCACCGCAGCAGGCGCGGCAGGAGGUGCAGGAGGAGGCGGCUUCAGUGAAAAAGGGGAGCCCUACGGAUCUGUGGGGCGUGGAAGGAGUUCAGGGACCCAAAGAGUGGCCGCCUCUACUACGUCAACACCGAGACCAAGCAACGCACGUGGAAGAUGAAAGAGACGCCCUUCGCAGACGAGUGAUUUAUUGA